AUGAUACUCGGCUACCUCGGCUUCAUCGGCCCGACCUUCCCGACGCUGAGAGAGCAGUUAUGGGACUGGUAUAAUGCUUUAUGGACGCUGACGCUUAGCUGGAAAUGGGACAUCACUCAGUUGAUGCCUUACAACCCACACUUGUGGACUAUACCCAUCGAGUUCGCGAACUCCUUGCUACUCUUCGUCACUAUACUAGGCCUCAGCCGCUUGAGAACGCACUUGCGCCUGGCUUCGGUGCUUGGAAUCAUGAUAUAUAGCCUCAAGAGCGGGCAUUGGGCGCCAUGCGAGUUCCUCGGAGGCAUGGGCAUCGCCGAGAUUGGCAUGAUCCAGGACGACGCGCGCCUGAAGGGAAGCAUGGAUAUCUAUCAAGAAGGGGACGAUUUGGAAGAAAAAGCAUUACCCCCUCGGUCGAGAGCGGUUCUAGGAUCUGCAAAGCGCCUCGCUGUUUUCGUCUUCUUCGUUGGCAACCUCGUCUUCGGCCUGUUUAUUGCUGGGUGGCCCGGAAGCCAAGACGACAAGACGCCGGGAAUCUCGACCCUCUGGGCCAACACGAUGGAACCUUUCUGGACCUGGGGUGGCGACUGGUUGAUUUUCCCCUGGUAUGCCCUUGGGGCCAUGCAAAUCGUGCUUGCGCUGCAGCAGAUAAAGGUACUGCAGGAUCUUUUCGUUACGCCACCGGCGCAGUACCUCGCCGACAUAAGCUACGCCCUAUACCUGAUGCACGGACCGAUGCUCAGUCUCUUGGAACACCGCUGGCUGCCCUACGCCUGGGCCUUGGUCGGCGGAUCCGAGCAAGCCGGCAUGUGCGGACGUACCAUAGCCUGGGCUUGCGGAAUUGUUUUGCUGGGCAUCCCUACGAUCUGGGUAAGCGAUCUCUUUUGGCGGUUUGUAGAUGUCAAAACUGUCCAGUUUACGCGCUGGCUUGAAGCUCUAUGCAUUGUCGAAUAG